AAAUUUUAUUUUUAAGUGGUGUGAGAUGGAUUAAAAUCAUCUAAAAUUAAACUUUAGUUAGUUCAUAGUAGAGAAACAAAAUUCUUACACUGAUGAUUAUAAAUUAGGAGUAAUUUAACAUAUAAAAAGUAGGGAGUAUUGGGUGUUGGAGCAUUUUCAUAAGUUAGAAAAGUUACACAUCGUAAAACAAGAGCAAUUAGAGCAAUGAAAGUAUGAUAAGAAAUAAAAGUGUAUAAAGGUUAUAAGCAAAUCGAGAUUAUCAACAGCAGAAUUAUAAUAAAAGUUUAUAAACGAAAUCAAUGUUUAUAAGUAAUUAGAUCAUCCACAUAUUUUAAAACUAUAUGAAUUUUAUUAAGAUGAGAAAAACUAUUACAUAAUCAUUGAAUUAUGUACAGGGUAUGUGAUCCCAAAUGAUUUAGUGGCGAAUUGUUUGACAAGAUAAUAGAGAAAGGAAGUUUUUCAGAGAAGGAAGCAAGUUACAUUAUGAAAUAAAUAAUGUCAGCUAUACUUUAUGCUCAUAAUUAGAAUAUAGUUCAUAGAGAUUUGAAACCAGAAAAUGUGUUAUUAGAUAUUACAAGCUAAGGAAAUUAUAAUGUUAAAGUAGUUGAUUGGGGAACAGCAAAAAUCUUUUCACCAAAUUAAUAAAUAAAUGAAAAAUUUGGGACUCUUUAUUAUAUGGCUCCAGAAGUAUUAAAACGUAAUUACAAUGAAAAAUGUGAUAUAUGGUCUUGUGGAGUAAUAUUAUAUAUACUUUUAUGUGGAGUACCUCCAUUUAAUGGUAGAACAGAUGCAGAGAUUUAGAAGAGUAUUUUGAAUGGGAAAUAUUUAUUAGAAGUAGAAUAUAUAUUUUAUUUGGAUAGGGAGAAGUUUGGGAAACAGUUAGUCCACAUGCAAAAGAUUUAGUAAUAAAAAUGCUUUAAUAUGAUGUGUAAAAGAGAAUAAAUGCAAAAUAAGUAUUGGAACAUUCUUGGUUUUAAUAAUAACAUUAAGAAAAGGUUGAUAAACAAGUUGUUUAAGGAAGAUUAAAGAAUUUAAUGAAUUUUAGAGCAGAAUAAAAGUUAUAAUAGGCAACUUUAAUGUUUAUUGGGACAACAAUGAUUUCUAAAGAAGAAAAAAAUCAAUUAGUAGUUAUAUAACUAUUAAAAAGAUGUAAGCUUUUAAAGAGAUGGAUUAAAAUGGAGAUGGAAUUUUGACGAAAGAGGAGAUAUUAGAAACUUAUAAAAAAUAUAUGGAUGAUGAAACAGCAUUAUAAGAGGUAUAGAAAAUAAUGGGAUUGGUUGAUAUGGAUGGAUCAGGUACAAUAGAUUACACUGAAUUCAUAAUUGCAUCUAUGGAUAGAAAAAAAGCAGUAUAAUUGGAAAAAUUAAAAGAAGUAAUUUAUAUAUAUAUAUUAUUAUGUUAGGCAUUUUAAAUAUUUGAUAAAGAUGGAAAUGGAUUCAUUUCAGAACUCGAAAUAAAAGAAGUCUUAGGACCAUCAUUAACUGGAAUUGAUGAAAAAUAUUGGUUGGAUAUGAUUAAAGAAAUUGAUAGGAAUGGUGAUGGGUAAAUAAGUUUCGAAGAAUUUUGUGAGAUGAUGAUGAAAAUCAAAUAAUGA